AUUUUCUGUCUAGAAAAGGAGAAGUCAUAAAAAGUUUAUACAAAGAAGGUUUUUAAAAAAGUAUUUUUUGAAGGAUUUUUCAAAUUUUAUUUUUUUGUUUCAAAGCACUUAAAUUUUGAGUUUUCAAGUUUUUAUUAAAUUGCAACCAUUGAAAGUAAAAAUGCCAUCAUUAAUGAAUAAUAAACUCGAUCCAAUGAGUAGUAGUAGUAGUUGUGGUAAAUCCCGUACCAUGUCUACCUCCUCCUGCGCUACUACCAUGUCUAAUGAGUCCUACUGUAUCUCUCUCGGUGUAGGGCCUCUGUGGUGGUCCGAUGUCCCUACCCACCACAGAACAGAUCACGAUAGGGCGUCACUCUUAACUGAUUACAAUCGAAAAACAUCCGUGGGUUCAGCCACAAGCAGUUCAUCAGGUUCAGAUGAUUUUUCUGAUAUUGACUUUGCUGACAACCAUGAUGCUUUUUCAACAUGUUCAUCAGAAACUGAUUGCCAAGAAGUUGUAUCGAAAAUAUUACAACAGAAGCGUCCAAUGCGAAUUGUUAUUAAGUUGCAUGUAACUGAACAUGUAAGCAGUGCUUGGGAUACUGUUUUAAAUCCAGCAAACAAUAUCUUGUAUGUUGCUUUACCAAAUGUUCUUUUACCAGAAGCUUCAAAACAAUCAUUCAUAUCAUUAUUGGAAUUUGCUGAAGAAAAAUUAGAUGUUGAUGGUGUUGUUUUGUGCAUGCGUAAAGAUCGUCCAGAUCGUUCACAGCUUGUAAGAACAUUUUUGUUCUUAGGUUUUCAACCAUUAGGACAAAAAUCACCAUUGGCACCACCACAACAUGAUGUAUUGGACAGCAAUAACAAUCUAUUUCUGAUAUAUAAUAUCGAACAUUAAAAAGGAAGAAGGCAAUCAAAGUAAAUGUAAAACUAAAAAUUGAAAAGCAAAAUGCAAUUGCCAGCAAAAUUUAAUUUCAAAUUUUAAAUUUGAAAAAGAAAAGUAAAAAUCAUCAAAAAUUUAAAACUUCAAUAUUAAAUAAUUAUAGAGUCAAAUUGUGAAAUAUCACUAAAUAUCUUUUUUUUAAUUUUUAUAUUUUGUACUUGCAUAAAAAAUCUUUUUUUUUUUUUAAAUAUUAUUUCAAAAUUUAUGUAAAAAAUAAUUUAGAUUCAAUUUAUUUUAGUUAAUUUGUUUUUGCCCUAUUUUCAAAUAAUUUGACAAUUAAUUUUCAAUAAAUUUGUAGUAAAUUUUAUUAGUUUUUCAAAAAAUAUGUAGUCAGUAAAGUAAAACGCAAAUAUAUAAUUUUAUAAUUUUGUCAUGAAAUCAUUUUUUUUUUUAUUAUUUGAAUUUAAUAUUCAGUACCGAAAGAAUUAGAAAUAAAAGAAAAUUUAUUAUAAUUUUUAUUUUUUUUUUUAUUUUAUUCUUUAUUUUUAUUUUUACCCAAUCAAAAUAUAAUUUAAUAAUUUUUAUUUUCUUAUUUCUUUUCUUUCGAUUUCACUAUUAUUUUCACAAACAUUUCUUUUUAAUUUUAAUCUUCGCUAAUUUUUAUAUUUUUCAAGUUAAGAAUGGAGUAUUAAUUCACUAGAAAUAUAAUAAUAAUCUUCAAUAAUAAAAUAAUAUUCGAAAAUGUGUAAUAUUAAAAUUAAGAAUUUAAAAUUUAAUUUGAAUUUAGUUAUUUAAAAAAAAAAAUCUUACAAAAAAAAAGAUAAUUUUUUAGUUAAAUUUUUUUCAUUUCAUAAAGUUAAAAAUUACCAUUUUCUAUUCACAUUUUAGUUAAGCUUAAAUUUUUAUAUUACACUUUAAAAUACGAAAACUUAAUAAAAAUAAAUAAUAAUAAAUUAAACUGCCAUUGCUAAUAAAAUAUAAAAUGAUACAAAAAAUUUCUACAUCUUAUUUCCAAAUAUCUUUCUUCUUUUGUAAUUAAUAUUCAAUUUGAUUUUUUAAAUUCUUAAUUUUAAAAUUAUAUAAAUUAAUAGAUAUAUAUGACCGUAAAAUAUAUAAGUUGAAAAGCUGAAAACCAUGAUGUUAAAAUUAAAAACAACAAAAAAAAAUUACUUAUAUUUGAGCAAAUCCUUAAAAAAUUUGAAAUACAAAAAAAAAAAAUAAUUAAGAACAUUUUGCUCAUUUAAUUACUUUUAUAAUAAUAACAUCAAUAAAUAAAUUUGAUUAAAUGAACAAUAAUUUUUUUUAAGUAUUUGGUUUGAAUAAAAGACUUAGUUUUAUAUAUUUUUUACCAUCAAAAUGAACAUAAAACGAGUCAGUCAGUAAAGAAAAUAAAAUUAUGUAUUGUAACAAUUAAGAGAUAUGCUGUAUCGUAUUUAAAAUAAUAAUAAUAAAAAAAAAAAAACACAAAAAAAAUUUAAAAAUAUUAAAAAAAUAAAAAAAAAAAGUUAAAAAAUAAAAAAAAAAACAAAAAAAAAAAAUCCUAAAUAAAAUUUAUGAAUUAAAAAAACAAAUGCAACUUUAAAGCAAUGUCGAACUUAAACAAGAAGAAAAACGAAACUGCACACCAAGGAUAAAAAAAAAACAGAGGAAAAGUAUAAACAAUUAAGAAAAUAUUUUAAGUAAAAACAAAACAAUAAAAAUACCAUCUUAAAAAUAAGAACAAAUUAAAAGAUGAAAAGUUGGGCCGGGCCGUAUUACACCAAACACUUUUUACUUUUUUUUUUUUUUAAUCAAUUAACCAAAAAAUUUGCAAAAUUUCUGUUG